UUGCCUCUUUCCUCCUCCCCUGCCUCCAGCCCCAGCACUCUGCCGAGCCGCAGCCCUUCUGCUUCAGCUCUUGGCUACUCCCCGGCUGCCUUGUAAACAGUGUCAGCAGCUGCCUUGGAUCUUUUCUGGGUAUCCUGGUGGCCGGUCAGAGGAUCUUCCUGCGUGAUUUCCAGCUGGCCUUGAGAUUCGUGUUCUGCCCUGAAAGUGGUAUUAAAUUUCCUGCACAUACCCUGAGUCGUGCAAGGGCCCAGCAGUUACACAGUGGGCACCAUGUCGGAGCGCUUCGACUGCCACUACUGCCGUGAUCCGCUUCACGGCAAGAAGUAUGUGCAGAAGGAAGGCCGCCACUGCUGCGUCAAGUGCUUUGAGAAGUUCUGUGCCAACACCUGUGCAGAGUGCCGGAAGCCGAUCGGGGCCGACUCCAAGGAGCUGCACUUCAAGAACCGCUACUGGCAUGAGAACUGCUUCCGGUGCUUCAAGUGCUACACCUCCCUGGUGAACGAGCCUUUCAUGCUGAAGGAGAACAACAAGGUGUGGUGCAACAAGUGCACCGCUGCCGACGGGGCGCCGCACUGCAAGGGCUGCCUGAAGCCCAUCGUGGCAGGUGAUCAGAAUGUGGAGUAUAAGAAGACCAUCUGGCACAAGGAGUGCUUCACCUGCAGCCAGUGCAAGCAGGUGAUUGGCACAGCCAGCUUCUUUCCCAAGGGUGAUGAGAUCUACUGUGUCACCUGCCACGAGCAUAAAUUUGCCAAGACCUGCGUGAAGUGCAAGAAUGCGAUCACCUCCGGAGGAGUGUCCUACCAGGAUCAGCCCUACCACUCCGAGUGCUUCGUGUGCGCCACCUGCACGAAGAAGCUGGGAGGACAGCGCUUCACGGCCGUGGAGGAUCAGUUCUACUGUGUGGAUUGCUACAAGUCCUUCGUUGCCAAGAAGUGCAACGGCUGCAAGAACCCCAUUACAGGCUUUGGCAAAGGCACCAAUGUGGUCAGCCAUGAAGGCCACUCCUGGCACGAAUAUUGCUUCAACUGCAAGAAGUGCUCAAUUCCUCUGGCGAACAAGCCUUUUGUCUACCACGUCGAGCAAAUUUAUUGCCCGAGCUGCGCUAAGAAGCUGUAAGGGAGAGGACAGCAGACACCGGCUAGCCCCGUGCGAUGGAGCAAAUGUCGACCCUUGCGCUUGGAUUCCAGCUGCCUGACUGUAGGAUUUCGCAUUUUAAGGUCUCACUCCCACUUGCUUUCUUAACAAACGUAAGGUCCUUUUCUCACUCUGUAAGUGAUGUCAAAAUAAAAGCCCAUAGACAUUUAGGGCACAGCUUUGCACAUCCAAAUAUAUCUACUGUCUAUUCUGCACAUUUUGAUGAUAACUGAGCACAGGUAAAAGCAAGCAGCUGAUUAGGUUGCUGUCUCCUAGAAAUGCAGUACAACAACGAUGAUUUCCCAUGAUUGCUUUUAAUGGGAGCUCUCUGCUCUCCUUUUGUGGUGCUGUUCCCAUGAACAAAACCUUGGGAACGAGUUAAGGCCUGCUUUAAGCAUUCAUCAGGAACACCAUAUUUUAAAUCAAACUUUUAAGGAAAGCGAUGCCAUCUUUGAUUCCCCUUUUUGUGACUGUCUUUUAGUUGCGAGAGCCCCCUUGUGGUACCCACCAAAAUGUAAAACAUUUCUUUCCAGAUAAGUGCAUGACUACCUGUGCGCCCGAUUUUCAAACACUCCUGUUCCACCAAGGAUGGAACAGUCUCUCCCCUUUCUAAGUUAGAAUUGUCCUGCUUUUUCAGCAAUGAUCCCAGUUUUCCAGAAACAGCCCCUCCUUUCCAGCUGUUUACAGACACUGGGUUAUGCCUACAUAACUUCAUUUUACAGUGUUUGCCUUGCAAAUACAUUCAACCGUCUUUUCCCAUGGCUUUAAAAGAGCAGGUUUGUGUGUAGCUUCUGAUCGUUGGGGGAGCAAGGGACAGGAGCAGCCCUGUGGUAGGCAAAGCACUGAAGACUCACUCAAUGCAAGCAAACAUUUUGUAGAGCAGAAUGCCCAAAAUUCCAGUGCAGCCUGGAAUUGUAUGUACAUCUCUGAUCUUACCAAGGAGCAAUGUUACAGGGGAUUAAAAAAAAAAAAAAAAAGGCCGUCUGACUUGUCUCCCCAUGGUUUUUGAUUUAAGGUUUGGAUGCAAAGUAAUCUAUAUACAGGUACUAGCAACAUUACACUUGUUUUCUUAAUCUGCUAUUAAAGAAAUACUGCAGCAAAUGUAUAAUAUAUAGCUUCUUUUAAUCUGUCUUUGAGGUCACUGCUGACCCUAGAAUAAGCCACCCUUAAGUACAUUUAGGAAACAACCAUCAUCCUUUGACUUUUUGGAUUGCAGAAGCAGUUUGCUUGACUACUAGCUUUUAUACUUCACUACUGAAAUAUGCUUUUAAUGUAGAAUUUCAUCAUUUUUGCACGUUUGCUUGUGAAGCCUGGGCAUUAGAAAAUGCCAUAUAUGCAAAUUGAAUUAAGGGGGAGCAUGGUUGUAAGUCCUAUAUGAUAUUACAAAAGCAUUUUCUCUAAUAAAUAGGAAACCACUGCUUGUUUGCAUUCAA